ACGGCGGCGAAGCAACAUUUACACGCUAACGUUUCGCGGGAAAACAUUCCGACCGGAAAAUGUCUAAUUUAAAAAUCCUCCGCAGCAAUUUCGCGCGGCAAAUUUUAAACAGUUUUUCCCCGCACAAAAAACCAAGGAGGUUGAGGAAUUCAGGAGUUUCUGUGUCUAUUCAUAAUCGUGGUUUCGCUACCAAAACCGCUGCAGUAUUGGAGCAGAACGUUUUAAGUUCGCCAUGGGGUGAGAUUACUGUUGGUAAUGAAACAAUGGUGGAUUAUGUUUUCAAAGACAUCGAUUUGUGGUCCGAUGCUCCCUGUGUGACAUGUGGAUCAACAGGGCGGUCAUACGACUAUGCGAUGACGAAAAUGAUGGUGGAGAGAUGCGCGAAUGCUCUCGCUGGUCCGCUGAAGUUGGCGCAGGGGGAGAGGAUCGGGCUGAUACUGCCGAACAUCCCUGAAUUCGUAGUGUUGAUACACGGGGCCAUGAUGGCUGGACUUGUGGUCACUUUCGCUAACCCGUUGUACACUGCAGAUGAGGUGGGACGUCAGUUUUCAGACUGUAAUGUGAAAGCGAUUGCCACCAUCGAGAUGUUCAUGCCAGUCGCAACGACAGUGAGCAAGUCGCUCAAGGAUUAUAAGGGAACUAUUUGGGUCGGAGGAGAGGAUGACAAAGCCAAAGGUAUUUAUGGCUUACGUUCAUUACUAAUGGCCGACCAUAAGGCUGAUCUACCCAAAGUGAACUGCGACGACGUGUGUCUGAUACCUUAUUCUAGCGGCACAACAGGAAUGCCCAAGGGAGUAAUGUUGACUCAUAAGAAUUUAGUAUCUAAUUUAAAGCAAGUACAAGCACCUAAGAUGAUGAAGUAUGAAGGUGAAAAAGGUAAAGGAGACGUUGUUCUUACAGUUCCCCCAUUUUUCCACAUCUACGGCUUCAACGGGAUUCUGAAUUAUAACCUCGUUUUAGGAUAUCACAUUGUCUCGAUACCAAAGUUUACGCCAGAAGAUUACAUCAAUUGCCUGGUAGAGUAUGAGCCCACAACACUCUUUGUGGUACCGUCUUUGCUGGCAUUCAUGGCAACACACCCCAUGGUCAAAAAGGAACAUCUGCAAUCAGUGGAGACGAUCAUGGUGGGAGCAGCCCCCACAACAGACAGCAUGCUGGAGAAGUUUUUGCUCAAGUGUGAAAAAACUAAAGACCAAAUUAAGCUGUUACAAGGUUAUGGCAUGACGGAAAGUUCCCCCGUCACAUUGAUGACGCCGUAUAUCUAUCCAUAUGGGAAAGUGGGGUCUGUAGGACAAUUGAUACCAUCGACACAGGGGAGGAUAAUCUCGCUAACAACAGGCCAAGCCCUGGGACCGCAUCAGUCCGGAGAACUGUUGUUGAGGGGGCCACAGAUCAUGAAAGGCUAUUGGAAUAACGAGAAAGCCACCAAAGAAACGGUAGACAGCGAAGGCUGGCUACAUACCGGAGACGUUGGCUAUUACGAUGAAGACCAUUACUUCUAUAUUGUUGACCGUACAAAAGAGCUUAUUAAAGUUAAGGGUAACCAGGUAUCACCAACUGAGAUUGAAAGUGUCAUAAUGGAGAAACCCGAGGUAGCAGAUGUUGCUGUUGUGGGCAUACCACAUUCCCUUGCAGGAGAAGUUCCUAAAGCUUUUGUUGUUUUGAAACCGAACCACAAGCUGACUGAGAAACAAGUGUAUGACAUUGUCGCUCAAAAACUAACUAAAUACAAGCAUCUAGAAGGAGGUGUGGCGUUCGUUGACUCUAUACCGCGCAAUGUAGCUGGAAAAAUAUUGCGCAAUGAACUAAAAGUAUUGGGAGGAAAACAUUGAUUAUGAUCACAAAAUUUUGAUCACAUGGGUUCCGUAGUCCACAAAAAACCCUUAUAGUUUCGGCAUGUGUGUAUGUCUAUAUCAGAGUAACAGUCGACCAACUUAAAAAAUGUAGUUGGAAAUCGGAAAUUGCAUACUAAUUCCGUUGUUAAUUAAAUAGAAAAGUUGUUAAUAAUGUAACGCAGAGUCUAUUAAAACUAGAAAGCUGAAAUUUGGAAUGGGUAUUUUUAGCAGACUCUUAAGUGUUUUACAAUCAAUAAGAAAACUAAUAUCGAACCAAGGUUCACAACAUUUGUCAGGACAACUUAAUUAACAAAUCAAACUGUAACCAAAAUAAGACCCUAGAAUGACAUUGAAUGAAGUCACGCACUUGUGAACAUUGUGUGUAGGGUUAAAGGCGUCUUUUAUAGUCAACCAACACUCCCCUUUUCCACUCAAGUCACUCUCUCCGCCUACCUCAAGUAACUCAUAAAGAAUUACACAACAAGUAAUGUGGACGGCUCGAACGCCACGAGCACACUGAAGCCGACCGGCACGAGCACUUAGAAAUGGUUUAAAGUGAUAAUUUAAUCUACGGAACCCUACAUUACUUAGCCGGUUUAAGUUUAAAGUAGAUAGUGUAAUAAUUUGUAAAUAGUUUCCUUUUAUUUAUAAAAUGGUGCAGAGCAACAAUAGUUCAAUAAGUGUGUAUUAUUCUUAUACAGGGUGCUCGGGAGUAUUUCCCAUACCUUCAAGGUGUUGGCGAGUCCACUUAUAGAGAGCCAACUUGCAUAACUGAUAUUUUUUAACAAAAAAAAACUUUUUAUGUUUUCAUACAAAGUAAUUAUUAUAAUUCCGACUAUCCAUGUAGCACACGACUUUAUCUACGUCAUUAUACGUAGGUUUGGCUACGUAAUUAUUAUAAGGAUGCGUUUCAGGGACACAUUUAAGAUCUGUUUACAAAAGAAAUAUUUUUUACUCUAAAGAUAUUCAUUUUAGAACAGAUAUUCCUUUGACAUUUUUGAUUAAUUUUCCAUACAGAACAUAACCCUAGAGUUAUGGGAAAUACUCCCGAGCAUCCUGUAUAUUUAAAAGUAUAAGUCACAUUGUUUUGUUUAUUACUUUACUACCCUAAAGGGUAGCAGCAAACAAAGAGUUAUUUAGUUUUUGGAAUUAUAUCAAAUACAAAUGUUUUUAAAGAAUAGUACAAAAUAUAAAUAAGUUAGUUGAAAUUUGUUGUAUAUUAGUUGUAGGUACAUUGUUGAUCAUGAUAUAAAUAUUUAUUUUAUUAUAUAUUGUAAGUACUUGUUAAUAAAACCUGUGUUUGGUUUUAUAUUUGUUGAUUGUGGUAUUUUAAUGAAAAUUUAAUAUAUUUUUUAAAUCUAUAUACAUAUAGAAAAUUGCAUAGUAUUUAGACUGAUAUUCUAGUAAUCUAGGAAAUAGAUAUUUACUGUGUCUGUGUGUAAUAUAGGUAUAACCUAUAAGGUGUCUGUACUUAUGAAAUAAAAAUUUUACAUGUUAAAUUUUGUAGAAAAAUGUAUUAAAAGGUUUAUAUUUUUUAAAAAUAUACAUUAAUGAAAAAAAAACGCGUUUUACAUUUAUACCUAGUUACUUUACAUGUACCUAUUGAUGUAUAUAUUAUUCAAUUUACAUCUGAAAUUUUGAAUGAAUCACAUAAGUAAAAAAAACAUACAUACAGCCGAACCGCCUCCUUUUUGGAAGUCAGUUAAAAAUUAAAGAAUUUUAGUAGUGGUAGGGCUGUAUUAGAUAAAGAAGUG